AGUGACGGUUGGAUAAUUACUUUAAAACGGUGUGCGCACACGAGUAUUUGGUGCCCUGAAGUUAAGUAAUUAAGUAGUUUCUAUAAAAUGUUAGGCGACGACGAUUGGCUUGGAAAGUUUAUCGAGGAUUAUAAAGUAAAAUUAGCCGAGGAAAAACGUGAACUUUUCUCGACUCAUGUCAAUAUGACAGACGACAGACAACAGAUUUGUUUCAUUGGGCUGUGUUCACUUUACCGGGACGACGUACACCCUAAAUCAUGUAGGCAACAUGAUUUCUCUCCUACUCCGCUGGCUGCAUCCAAGGAAAAAUCAAAAAUAAUAGUUCCGUCAAAAUCUGAGCAAUUUGAUCAAGAAAAAAUAAAUUUUUCUGAUCAACCUUCAGACGGAGUGAGAAAUUCAGACCAUAGCGAUGCAGUCGAGCGCAAAAAGAAACAAGAAGAAUACCGCCGCAUUCUCGAUCAACAGCUCGCUGAACAUAAACAAAGAAAAGAAGAAGAAUUGCGGAGAUGGAGACGAGAAGAGACUGACGACUUUGGAAUGACUUCUAAUCUCAAUACUGAUCGUCGUUCACUGAUUCGAUCUCCAUCACCACCGAUCAAAUCUCAUUAUCGAAAGCCGGUGCAAGUUCGAGUACCCUCCCGACCAUUGACGGCAGAAGGUGACCACCAUCAACGAUUGAGCGAUUUGACUGAACUUCGCCAGCUGUACAGCAAUCGAUGAAAAAUAACUUUUUCCAUCAACAAAGAGAAUUGCAAAUUAGGCAAUGGCUAAUUGGCUUCGAGUUGUGCGUUGCAAUGGCACGCACGGAAAGACAAUUACUUCCGCCGGGAUUGAAAACCCGUUUCCCACCCAUCCGUCAAUAAUUAUAAAUUGGUUUUUCCGCCCUGUUUUCUGGCCGCUGGGAUGUUCCGUUUUACCCUCCCACCUAUUUUGGAAAAUAAAAGAAUUCCAGGCAGAAA